GUCAGGCCGGCGGUUUAUAACGGCAGCCUGGGCGGCUCCGCUUGCUGUUUUUCCUCCUCUCUGGAGUGUGGUAUUCGUGGCCGGGUGCAAAGAUGCAGCUCAAGCCGAUGGAGAUUAACCCCGAGAUGCUGAACAAAGUGCUGGCGCGGCUGGGGGUCGCCGGCCAGUGGCGCUUCGCGGACGUGCUGGGGCUGGAGGAGGAGGCUCUGAGCUCCGUGCCGGCGCCUGCGUGCGCGCUGCUGCUGCUCUUCCCCCUCACGGCCCAGCAUGAGAACUUCAGGAAAAAACAGAUUGAAGAACUGAAGGGACAAGAAGUUAGUCCUAAGGUGUAUUUUAUGAAGCAGACCAUUGGGAAUGCCUGUGGGACCAUUGGACUUAUACACGCAGUGGCCAAUAAUCAAGACAAACUGAAGUUUGAGGAUGGGUCGGUCCUGAAACAGUUUCUUUCUGAAACGGAGAAGUUGUCCCCUGAAGACAGAGCAAAGUGCUUUGAAAAGAAUGAGGCCAUUCAGGCAGCCCAUGAUGCUGUGGCGCAGGAGGGCCAGUGUCGGGUAGAUGACAAAGUGAACUUUCAUUUUAUUCUGUUUAACAACGUGGAUGGCCACCUCUACGAACUUGAUGGACGAAUGCCUUUUCCAGUGAACCAUGGCACCAGUUCAGAGGCCUCGCUGCUGCAGGAUGCCGCCAAGGUCUGCAGAGAGUUCACGGAGCGUGAGCAAGGGGAAGUCCGCUUUUCUGCUGUGGCCCUCUGCAAGGCAGCUUAAUGCCCUGUGGGAAACACAGCCUGCUCCCCUCCUCCCCUCCCUUCAGCGUGAAAUAUGUCUUGUGCAGUGUAACAACUUCAGUACUUGCAGAGCUCAGCUGUUCUCCUUUGGUUCUGCUGAUCUGCUCUCACCCUCACCCACACCCAAGCGCUAGCAGAGCUCAGCUAGCUGUCCAUCAAGCAGACUUGGGUGUAAGCUUUAGACAGUGGAGCAUUUUCCCCCAUUGUAUGUCUUGUACCUCAAUAUCUCAUGCUUUAAACAGCUCCUUCAGUUUGUGUCUGUAAGUUAAGACCUUGGAUGUGGUUUGUUUGUCCUUAAAAGAAAUAAAAGUUUAUUGCUGAUAAGAGAUAA